AUGGAUGCUGAUCGAGACUUGAAUUUCGCGAUCGGAUGGAAUCGAUUCAAUUUGAGCCUCGUCGGCAUUUGGCCCGAUCCAUUACAAAAUCCUAAACAAAAGAGCGGACUCUCUCGAUGUCGCUUUAUAAUAGCCAGUUUCUUCAUGCUGGGCUUUGUGUGUAUACCACAAUCGGCGAAUUUAGUAUUCAUUUGGGGUAACGUGGAUAUGAUGACCGAAAACCUGGCGACCGCUAAUAUCCCAGUCGCGAAUUCUUUUAUGAAAGCAUUCACCAUCUGGCGUAAAAGGAAAGUUUUGAAGCUGUUGGUCAACUUCUUCUAUCAAGAUUGGUAUAUACCAAAAACAUCUGGAGAAAGAACAAUUAUGCUGAAGAAUGCUAAACUUAUGAGAAAGAUAUCCAUAUGCGGAACAGUUGCUUAUACCGGUAGCGACAGUUUCAUUUCCAUGCUAGUGAUCCAUGUCUGCGGUCAAUUCGAAAACUUGCGCGAGAGGCUCAAAAAUCUUGUUAACGAUCCGAAUGGAAUAAAAACGUCUCAAGAGUUCAAGAGUGAACUGAGACAAAUUGUAAUGAGACAUGAACAUUUAAACUGGUUUGCAAAAACAAUUGAGGAUUCCUUUAACAUGAUAAUGCUAAUACAGAUGCUUUCUUGUACUAUUCAGUUAUGCUUUCAAGGAUUCCAGGUUUUUAGGGUGAGCAUUUUCGUAGGAUUUAUUCUAGUUCACUUGUAUAUUUAUUGUUACGUCGGUGAAAUGCUGCUUGUUCAAAGUACUGAGAUAGGAUUCUCUGCAUACGAAUCAAAUUGGUUUAAUGUGCCAGGAAAGGAAGCCAGAAAUCUUCUACUUAUCAUACAUAGAUCAACAGCACCUUUUUCCUUAACUGCUGGGAAAUUCAGUACAUUUUCUUUACAGAUGUUUAGUAAGAUUGUGAGAACUUCACUCGGUUAUCUCUCAGUGUUACUUACGGUAACUGAACGGAAAGAUAAUUCAUGA